UGUAGCCCUAUGACUUUGUUUCAGGAAGUGAACUUUGUCCUCGUUUGCCUCUCACAUAAAGGAACUUUAUGAAGCAAUUUCAGCCUCUUGAUUCACAUAUAGACCAAUAUCAGAUGUGAUUACAAUGGUGCGCGCAGCAGUUUGCCACGUCUUGAUUCCAUUUGGCCUGUGCAUCGUUUUAGCGAACAGUGCAUUAUUUGACAACGUUCUGGUGGAUCUGAGCUAUGAUCACUACGCAGAGAAAAGAGUUGAAUGGCUCCCUGCUUUUCUGGCUAUGCCGUUUAACUGCCUGGUCAACUUGGGGUACAUAAUCAUGGGCACUUUUUGGCUCCUUAAACACAUACAACCUCGCGACAGCAAGGAAUGCUAUUUCAAAGACGUGUUUGCCCUAAUGGCCAUUUUGUAUGGACCUGUACAAUGGAUUCGUCUUUCGUCUUUGUCACGGACCCCGGCUGUUCUGGACCAGUGGUUUACACUACCCAUUUUCGCGUGGGUUCCGAUCUGGGCUCAUUUUACACAGCACGGUUGGAGUCCACGAUAUGUGCUGCUCGCCGAGUCCAUUUCCAUCCUUAGCUACACACUAGCACUAUUUCACGACCUAGGAUUUGAGGCUGCUUUGGCGUGUCAUGUCUCUGUUGCUGUAUUUACAGGCGCCAGGAUUCAAAGAAGUCACGGAAACGCAACUUCAUUGCGCUACCUAGUGCUUGCAGUACUGUCAUGCAGCGGGUUCGUCGUGUUGAAACUUUGCGAUCUUAGUCUGGCACAGCACUGGUUGUUUCAAAAUCUUACCGGACACUUUUGGUCAAAAAUAUGUGACAUUCUUCAAUUCCAUUUUAGCUUCUGUUUUCUUACCUGCCUCAAUCAAAAAGGACAGAAAAGGGCAUAGCCUAGAUAAAUGGCUUACAUCAUGCUGACAUUGUAGAUAGCCUAUGGCGGAAAAACACUUUGUCAAAGCAGCAGUUUGUUAGUUCAUUUAUUUUGGACAAGCCAUUAAAAGAAUAUUUUCAGACAAA